ACACAAGUGACAAGUGACAAGCCAUAUUCUUGUCAAACAUGUGGUAAACAUUUCAUUCUCCAGAGUACUUUGCUGAUCCACAUGAAAAUUCACUCAGCUGAGAAACUGUAUUCUUGUCAAACAUGUGGGAAAAGUUUCACCAUGCGGAGUCAUUUUUUGGACCAUUUGAAGACUCACACAGGUGAAAAGCCGUAUUCUUGUAUAACAUGUGGGAAGAGUUUCAGUCAACACAGUCAUCUGUUGCGCCAUGUGAGAACUCACUCAGGUGAGAAGCCGUACCCUUGUGAAACAUGUGGCAAACGUUUCUGUCGACCGAGUAAUUUGUUGGCCCACAUGAGAACUCACACUGGCGAGAAGCCGUAUUCUUGUGAAAUAUGUGGGGAACAUUUCAGUCGAAAGAGUAAUUUGUUGGUCCAUGUGAGAACUCACACAGGUGAGAAGCCGUAUUCUUGUGAAGCAUGUGGCAAAAGUUUCAGUCAACGAAGUGUUUUUUUCUACCACUUGAGAACUCACACAGGUGAGAAGCCAUAUUCUUGUGAAACGUGUGGGAAACGUUUCUGCCGCAAGAGUUAUUUGAUGCGCCAUGUUAAAAUUCACACAGCUGAAAAGCUGUUUUCUUUCGGAACGUGGGAUUAGAUUUUCUUGUGGUAGCUCAUUGUUGCACCACGUCAAUUCUUACAAAGAGACAAAAUCGUGACUCAAAGGGAAACAUCAUCCGUCCAUUUUCAGGAGCCCCCAGGCACUUCGGAAAACCCUGCAGCCUGCUACACUGGUGAAAUGCAUUGUUUUUUUGUGUCUUGCAGCCUGUUUUCAAUGUUUGAAUAAUAUGA